ACGACAGUGGCUUUCCUUCUGGACCUGUCCAUAUUACAUUUCCGUUCAAAAGGAAACAAUGAAGACUGCCCACGGAGUCGACUUAGACUUCUCCGGCUUCCGUUGUGCCAGUGGAGCCCCGCCCACCCACCGCGGACAUCCGCUGCCAUGGCGACCCUACUGCUUCGCUCCCUGUGCUUCCGCCGUAGUCUCCAACACAGUUCGCGGCCUGUUGUAGAUGUGCCCCUCAGGGCCGGAAGCCAUGGCGCCCCGCUGCUGUACCCAGACCACAUCCCCACCACCCCGCUGCAAAAGAUGCUGCUGGCCGCGGGCUCGGCCGGAAUGGCGCUUUACAACCCCUAUCGCCACGACAUGGUUGCAGUUCUGGGAGAGACCACAGGAUGCCACACCCUGAAAUUCCUCAGGGACCAGAUGAAGAAGGAUCCAGAGGGUGCCCAGAUCUUACGAGAUCGUCCCCGGAUCUCACUGUCCACCCUUGACUUAAGCAAGCUCCAGAGCCUGCCUGAAGGUUCUCUGGGCCGUGAGUAUCUUCGCUUCCUGGAUGUUAAUAGGGUCUCUCCAGACACACGGGCACCUACGCGUUUCGUGGACGACGAGGAACUAGCCUAUGUGAUCCAGAGAUACCGUGAGGUGCACGACAUGCUCCACACGCUGCUGGGGAUGCCAACCAAUAUGCUGGGAGAGAUUGUGGUAAAGUGGUUUGAGGCUGUGCAGACUGGCCUACCCAUGUGCAUCCUGGGAGCACUCUUCGGACCUCUCCGCCUCCGUGCUCAGAGCCUACAAGUACUGUUUUCUGAGCUGAUCCCUUGGGCAAUUCAGAACGGGCGCAGGGCCCCGUGUUUCCUCAACAUCUACUAUGAGCAGCGUUGGGAACAGUCCAUGACAGCCCUGCGGGAGGAGCUGGGCAUUAGUCCUCCCCCGAAACUUGUCCAGGGCCUGGCCUAGCCAGAGCUGCUCUUCACAGAGAAAGCUGAACUUGCCUCUUUACCCACUGCCUUCCUUUCUUGUCUUUGAACCUUGAACUCAUAGUGUCAUUUAUCAUGAUUUUUAUAGGCAUUGUUGUCAUGUGCCUUGAGGGCCAGUCCAGACAGCAGGCAGGGUAGUGGGGCCCCGGAGUGCUGUGAGCUAUCCAAAGAGAGCAAGAUGUGUGCUUGGAACAAUCAUCUUGGAUCUUACUGGAUUGUGCAGGUGGGAACAGUUACUCUUGACAGGACAUUCUGGCAAGCUGUCUUCGAAGACCUGACUAUUACAUCCUGUUCCAAAGCUCUGAGAAGAGUGAUGGGGAGCAGAAGGUGUCUCUGCUGUCUGAAUAAAGCUCCCAUCAGCCUA